AAAUAAGAAUCGAGUCUCGAACCAUCGUUUAUCGCCCGUCUCCUUACAGCUAUGGCCAUUCUCCGACGGCUGCAAUCUCUCGUAGGUCCGAAAUAUUCUGCCGUAUAAACGUGACUGAAUCUUGAAGCGCACAUAUAUACUAUAUAACAUUAUCAUCAACGAGACGUACGAUAAAUUGCAUAACGCUGAGCGUGAUAAACAUAUUGGAUCGCUAAAGCGUCGUAUUUUACGUCUCUGACGACGCAAGCUACACAAGUGAUUACACAAGUUUAUACUACCAUCGAUCUAUCCACACCUGAAACCGGCAAAUCGCAGCGAUUAAUCGAACAAGAUGGAGAUCUGCAUCGACUCGUUGGAGUCCGCGAGAAACGCAAUCUUAGGAGGAGCUAUACGACUAGAGGUUUGCUCGGCCCUCUCGGAAGGUGGCCUAACGCCGAGCCUAGGUCUGAUCCAGCAGAUAAAGAACUUCUCGAGGAUCCCGAUUCGCGCCAUGAUACGCAUUCGCAAGGGUAACUUCGUCUACAGCCGCGAAGAGGUCGAGGCUAUGCUGUACGACCUGAGGAUCCUCAAGGAUCACCAGGUGGACGGAUUCGUGUUCGGCGCGCUGACUCCCGACGGCCACGUCGACCAUAACGUAUGCUGGGAGAUCAUUUCCGCCGCUCGUCCCUUGCCAGUUACGUUCCAUCGUGCCUUCGACGAGACAGUCGACCCGUUGAAAUCGAUGGAAUCGAUUAUCAGCCUUGGCUUCGACAGGAUCCUAACGUCGGGCCAGAUGGACACCGCUCUGGAGGGACUGGAGCUGCUGAGCCAUCUGGUGCAGAAGGCCGCCGGCAGGAUAAUAAUCAUGCCCGGAGCGGGAAUCACGAUGGACAAUAUAUUUAGGAUCAAACUGUGCGGUGCUCAAGAGUUUCACGCGUCGGCGAGGAACAAGAUGUACGUUGGUCCGAGCAGAUUUAACAAGGAUGGCUUCGUCGACGUGACCGAUCGAAUGCUGGUGAAGGCGUUGGUCGACGUCGUUAACGACAGAACGCCUGGCGAAGGAUAAUUUAUAGUGUCUCAGGAACAGAUCAUACGCGCUCUAACGUAAUAAAAUUAUUAAUCCUUUAAGGCGCAUAGUUCAUGGAACAUUCUAGUAACUUUUUUUAAUGAAAUAUUGUCAAAGACACUCUAAAUAGCGCAUUUAUAAGGUUUCAAUUGCCCGAUCCUAAGUGGUCCCUGUUGAUAUCAGUGAUACUUAAAGGAUUAAUACAAAUCACGACGUCUGAAUAUGAAUGGACAAUGUUUAUUCGAGUGAUAGCGCGUUGUCUUUUUUAUUAAAAUAAAUACAAUACUUUUCUAUUAA